CCCCUCACUGCUGGGCAGGCAGUUUGUGUUUUCCCAACAAGGACAGAAUUUCCCUUCUGGAGGGACGCAGCACCAAUCCUUCUGUUGGAGGCGCCACGUCGCUCGUGAGGCUCAGGAAUCCUCUUCUUCUUACACACCUGUACAGGUGACCAGGCAACCAGAACAAAUGUGCAUCCUGUGGCUCCCCCUGCUGGUGGCGUUGGGGUUGAUUCUCCUGUACAGGUGGUACCGGCAGAGCCAGAUACUGGAGAAUCUCACCGACAAAUAUGUCUUCAUCACCGGAUGUGAUUCUGGAUUUGGGAACUUGGUGGCUAAGCAGCUGGACAAUCGUGGGAUGAAGGUCCUGGCUGCUUGUCUGACGCAAAUAGGUGCUGAAAAUCUGAAGAAGGAGACCUCCAGCCGACUGAGGACAAGAAUCCUGGAUAUCAGCGACAGCAAAAGUGUCAGCUCCGCCGCCGAAUGGAUAUCAAACAUUGUUGGAAAUGAAGGGCUUUGGGGAUUGGUGAACAACGCUGGUUUUACCAUCGCUCUGGCUCCAAAUGAAUGGCAAACAAAAGAAGACUUCUCCAAGGUCCUGAAUGUGAAUCUUCUCGGGACGAUCGAUGUCACGGUGCGCUUGCUGCCUCUUGUCAGAAAAGCCCGGGGACGCGUUGUCGUUGUAUCCAGUGCCGCUGGGAGAUUGGCUUUUGUGGGUGGGGGAUAUUGUCCUUCAAAGUUCGGCCUGGAGGCUUUCUCAGACAGCCUAAGGAGGGAGAUGCGUGAUUUUGGUGUGAAGGUUUCUAUCGUUGAGCCGGGAGCGUUCAAGACCGCGUCGGCCGUUGCCGUGGAUGUUCAAAUAAAUAAUAUCACCCGGCUGUGGGAAAAACUGCCGGCGCAUGUUAAGGAGAGCUAUGGAGAGGACUACUUCAAUCAAUUUAUCGAGACAAUGAAGACAUUAACAGCAUCAACCAGUCCAAAGGCGUAUAAAGUCUCAGAUUGUAUGGAGCACGCCCUGACCGCUGUCCACCCCUGGACCCGCUACGCACCCGGCUUGGACUGCAAGCUGCACUACCUCCCUCUAUCCUACCUCCCUACUGCCAUCACCGACUACUGGCUGUGCCGGUCCGCACCCAAACCCGCUAGCAGGAUACCAGCUGGUGAAAAAAAAUAAAGGUUGACGAUUGGCACCAUGAUGAAUCAGACAAUCUUAAUGGCCAAGUGGGGUCACCAAGACCGAAUGUUCAUUGUGUUAUCCAAUAAAAAUGGUUAUAUUUCCAGUUUAA